GGCAAGCAUUCAUAUUUCCCCUCUCUUCCCCCGGCCCCUCGUCCUCUUCUCUCAGACCUUUUUCUUUCGCCUUUUCUUCUCUUCUUCUCUUUCUUUUCCCUUCCUCCCCUAAGCCUCCUUAUCCUCAUCCCCAGAAUGAGUAACCCCUCUGCCACCACGCAGACGAAUCGUGAGCAAUCCGAUGUCUCCUCCAAAGUGCCCGGACACCCCUCCACCACUUCCGCCAGUUCCUCCGAACUCGCCAGUCUUAAGAUAAGACUGCAAAAUGCCUUGCGCCAGUUCCCGGACUUCCCCUCGCCUGGCAUUAUCUUCCUGGACAUACUCCCGAUCUUCGCCGACCCCUCACUCCAUGAGGACCUUAUUCGAAGUCUUGAGCUUCAUGUGCUCGAAACAUAUGGAGACCAGAAACCCGAUGUGAUCGUCGGUCUGGACGCUCGUGGGUUCUUGUUUGGACCAUCUCUGGCGCUUCGAUUGGGAGCUUCCUUUGUUCCUGUGAGGAAGAAGGGUAAACUGCCCGGUCCUGUGGAGACCCAGGUCUACGAGAAGGAAUAUGGAUCGGAUCACUUCGAAAUGCAAGCAGGUGCAAUCAAACCUGGCCAGAAAGUUAUUGUUGUCGAUGAUAUUAUCGCAACAGGUGGUUCUGCAAGUGCUGCUGGAAAUCUCGUGCAAAAACUUGGAGGCAAUUUGCUCGGCUUUGUCUUCAUGCUCGAAAUCGACUUCCUCAAGGGACGGGCGAAGCUUCACGCACCAGUUUACACCCUCCUCUCCUCAUAGCCAACGGCGAAGAAUUGUCACCGAUACAUCUCUCUGGACCCGUGCAUCAUUAUUCCACGUCUAUUUUGAUUGGUUCGUGAACCGUUCUACGACUAGAUACUCCGUACAUCAAAAAGAACGUUUGGUUUUUUCGCCGGCCAUUCUAAAUAAUAGACUUGCCCUACCUUUCACCUGUCAUGAACAGCCUUUUUUUUUUUUUUUUUGCUUUUUAAUACUUCCCCUAGUUCCUCUUUCUCGCCAGUUCAAACCAACUAUGACAACGCUUAUUGGAUCCCCUCAAGACUUGAGGCCAGGACUUCGACCUACCUGUGUUUCUAUCAGCUCUCUUUGCUUCUUUGGUGAUUUUACAAUAAUGACAAUUGCAUGGUGGCCGGACCUGGGGAAAUUUUGGGCGUUCUUGGGUACAAAAGCAUUAUAUCACUUCAUAGUUAGCAGAAGAUCUUGUCUUCUCGAAUUCAUUUAUCAUCCAUACACUG